UUUGCGUUCGAUUCACUCACAAGUGUGCCAGGACAGUAGUGCGGUGCGAAGCUGCGAGAGCAAAACAAAAGCAACAACAAAAAACAACUCACACAAAAAAAACACGCAAGAUGUUCGCCAAGGUAUUCGUCGUCCUGGCCGCCGUCGCCGUCGCUGUGAACGCCGUCGCCGUUGGAGUCGCCGCCCCGGCCACCCUCGUCAAGACUGAGGAGUACGAUGCUCACCCCCAGUACAGCUUCAGCUACGACGUGCAGGACUCGCUGACCGGCGAUAACAAGCAGCAGCACGAAACUCGCGAUGGAGAUGUUGUGCAGGGUCAGUACUCGCUCGUGGAACCCGAUGGCACCCGUCGUACCGUCGAUUACACCGCCGAUCCCGUGAACGGUUUCAACGCCGUCGUCAGCAAGAGCGCUGAUGCCGCUGUCGUGAAGACCGUUGCCGCCGUUGCCCCCGUUGCCCACGCUGUCGCCCCUGUGGCCCAUGCCGUCGUUGCCCACUCUGCCCCGGUGGCUUACCAUGCCCCGGUUGCUUAUCAUGCUCCGGCUGCUGCCACCUAUGUCUCGCAUGCUCCGGCCGUGGCUGUGGCUCAUGCCCCGCUUGCCUACCAUGCUCCGGCUGCCGCCACCUACGUGUCCCACGCCCCGGCUGUCCAUGUGGCGCAUGCUCCGGUCCUUUCGCACGCCCCCGUCUACUCGCACGCCCUGUACCACAAGUAAGGAGGUGUUUUAGGCGCGUCCUUGCAGGAUCAUCGCAACGCAAGCUACUCACCAUGACGACUCGACUCAGGCCAUAAUGCACUCACACACAAACACACACAUGCCCCCGCACGCCCAGAAGCACACACGCGGCUACUCCGAUGGCUCAGAUUUGUUCCGUUUGAUGUUCUUUUAUUUUUUGUGUACUCUUGUAUUGUUUAGUUAGGAAGCACCGGCGGCUUUUUUGAAGGGCCGCCCCGGUGCAGUAAAACGCAGUAUUACGUACUUUAUUUCUCCCUUUUAUCUAUCAUCCUGCCUUGUCACUUUUUUUUAGUUUUCUUAGUUCUCUUUCCCCUAUGAGUCUUUCUUUCUAUCUUCCCACCCAUCAUUCGCCUUCAAAAAGGCCCUUCCAAGGCCUACUGCGUGAGGCCGUAGUAAAAGCGCCCCAUGCGCUAAGCAGGCUUUGACUCUAUUUCACUAAAUAUCUGUAACAACAGCCCCACGAUGGAAUAAAGUAAUACUCUUUCUGGUCUGGCACGUUCGCGCACGCACGCACGCUUGCGUACCAGGAACAGAACAGUCGAAAUGCUCUCGCGUCACUUGUGUUCAGAUAACGGUACCAUGAAUGAAAGAACUGGUGACGCCACCUUGCAAAUUUGGUUGUUUUGUGGACUUUAACCUACUGCCCAUUGUUGUCGCUUAGGAUUUACGGAAGUAUUAUCGCAAAGAUUGAUCGUUGUUUAAGAAAGAAAGUGCUUUGUUCAGCCUA